AAGAGCACCAAGAAGGAGAAGGGGACACCCCCAAGGCACGAGGAGCCCCCAGCCAAGGUGAGAGCCCAGAGGGAGCUGUUUCCAGCCAAGAAAGAGCUGGAGAAGAUGAAGAAAGAUGUUGGAGGUGGCAAGAAGGAGCCAAGGGAAUUCAAAAAGCCUGAAAAAAACACAAACAAGUCAGAGGAGCUCAAGGGGGAGCUGGGAGGAAUCCAAGAGAAGUCCAGAGAUGUGGGAAAGGAGAUGGGGAAGGUGAAGGAAGAGCUCGGAAAGGGUGAAGAGAUGCUGAGAGAGAGCAAAGGGAUGGACAAGAGCACUGACAAGGACGAGGCUAAAGAAACACUUGGAAAGAGCAAAGAGAUGAGCAAGAGCAUGAUCGAGGACCAGGGCAAAGAGGCAUCAGGCGAAAGCACAGACAAGGACCAGGCUCCGAGGGACGUUUGGUAUGAAGCGGAGAAGGUCUGGCUCAUCCAGCAGGACGGGUUCACACUCGCCACACAGCUGAAGCCAGAUGUGGGGACACCUGAGCUGCCAGCAGGGAGGGUGAGGGUGCGCCGGGACGAGGACGGCACCGUCACCGAGGUGGACGAGGACAGCGUGCAGAGGACCAACCCACCCAGCCUGGAUCAGGCCGAGGAUCUGGCCGCGCUGAUCAGCCUCAACGAGUGCAGCGUCCUGAACACACUGCGGCAGCGGUUCCGUGCCCGCCUGCCCUGCACCUACGCGGGGCCCAACCUGGUGGCCAUCGCGCCCGGCCCCGCGCCCGCCGGCGGCGCGGGGAAGGCUCCCAGGGGGAAGCAGGACAACCUGCCCCCACACAUCUCCUCGCUGGCACACAGAGCCUACAGGAACCUGCUGAUGCAGCGGCAGGACCAGGCCAUCAUCCCCCUGGGGCGCAGUGGGGCCGGGAGGACCAAGUGCUGCCAGAGUGCCCUGGAGUACCUGGUGGGCACGGCGGGCAGCGUGGACGGCAGGGUCUCAGUGGAGAAGAUCCAGGCGAUGUUCACAGUCCUGGCAGCCUUUGGGUCAGUGACCACUGGCCACAACAGCAGCUCCACGCGCUUCUCCAUGGUCCUGUCGCUGGAUUUCAGUGCCACUGGCCAGAUCACUGCUGCUCAUCUCCAGACCUUGCUGCUGGAGAGAGCCCGUGUUGCCCAGCAGCCUGAUGGAGAGAGCAGCUUCAACGUGUUCCCCCUGAUGCUGGCGGGGCUGGAUGUGGCAGAGAGGACGAUGCUGCAUCUGCACCAGCUGGCUGAGAGCAAUUCCUUUGGGAUCAAGCCAUUCACAAAGCCUGAGGAGAAGCAGAGAGCCUCGACAGCCUUUGCCCAGCUCCGGGCUGCCAUGGGCACACUGGGCAUCACCGCGGAGGAGCAGGCGGCCGUCUGGCGUGUCCUGGCCGGCAUCUACCACCUGGGAGCUGCCGGCACCUGCAAAGUCGGCAGGAAGCAGUUCAUGAAGUUUGAGAGCGCGAGCCGCGCCGCCGAGGUGCUGGGCUGUGACCCGGAGGAGCUCAGCACCGCCGUCUUCAAACACCACCUGAAGCAGAUCCUGGCACAGGUGACGGCACGGGGCCGGCAGCCACCCCUGGCUGAGGAGAGUCCGGCAGGGCCGAAGAUGACGGGUGUGGAGUGUGUGGAGGGAAUGGCCUCGGGGCUCUACGAGGAGCUCUUUGCUGCUGUCGUCUCGCUGAUCAACAGGUCCUUCUCCUCCCAGCACCUCUCCAUGGCUUCCAUCAUCGUGGUGGACACUCCUGGCUUCCAGAACCCGCGGCACCAGCGGGCCGAGCGAGCGGCCACCUUCGAAGAGCUGUGCCACAACUACGUACAGGAGCGGCUGCAGGGGCUCUUCUAUGAGAAAACCUUCCUUCUGGAGAUGGAGAGGUACAGAGAGGAAAAUGUUGAGGUGUCUUUUGAUCUUCCAGAGCACUCUCCACUGGCCACGCUGUCCAUCAUCGACCUGAGCUGCUCCCAGCAGCCACAGGUGCUGCCAGGCAGCCUCGGGGCUGAUCGCCGGGGGCUGCUGUGGAUCCUGGACGAGGAGGUGCUGAUCCCAGGCUCCGGGGACAGCACUGCCUUCAGCCGCCUCUGCUCCUACUUCAUCACGAAGGGACCCGACCAGGAGGGGGACGGGCACAUGCGCCGGUGUGAGCAGGCGCUGCACUUCGAGAUCUCCCACCAGCUGGGCACCAACCCCGUGCGCUACGACCUCACGGGCUGGGUCAGCAAAGCCAAGUUCAACCUCUCAGCCCAGAACGCCAUCCAGGUGCUGCAGCAUUCCACAGUCCCCUCGGUGAGGGAGCUGGUGCAGCCGCGCGCGCGGGCGCCGCUGUCCUGCCGCGCCAUGGCCGGGCUGGAGGGACGAUCCCAGGCCGCCCUGCACCGCAACGCCUGCCUGAGGAAGACCUUCGCCAGCAGCUUCGCAGCUGUGAGGAAGAGGUCGGUGUGUGCUCAGAUCAAGCUGCAGGCGGACGCCCUCACCAACCUUCUCCGACGGUCUCAGCUGCACUUUGUCCACUGCCUCCUCCCGGGAAUGGGGUCGGAAGGGCUGGUAUCUCGUCCCCCUGCGCCACCUGAUGCAGCCCCACAGCUGGACGUGGUGGCCCUGAGGACCCAGCUGGAGGGGACCCAGCUCCUGGACGCCCUGCGCCUGCACCGCGUUGGGUACACGGAUCGCCUGCUCCUCACCCAGUUCCGAAGGCGCUUCCAAGUCCUGGCUCCGGAGGUGAUGAAGAAACACACCUCUGCCUACGAGGUGCCAGAUGAGAGCAAGGCUAUAGAGGAGCUGUUCCAGGCGCUGGAUCUGGAGAAGAAGAGCAUUGCCAUAGGACGCAGCCAGGUGUUCCUGAAGCCAGGGGUCAUCUCCAGACUGGAGAAGCAGCGUGACAAGCUGAUAACCCAGAAGAUGACCCUGCUCCAGGCUGCUUGCAAGGGCUUCCUCAGCCGCCAGAAGUUCAAGAGGUUGAAGAUCCAGCGCCUCGCCAUCCGCUGCAUCCAGAAGAACCUGGUGGUCUUCCAGGCAGUCAGGCACUGGCUCUGGUGGCAGUUGCUGAGCCAUGUGCGGCCCUUGCUCAGUGUUAACCUGGCGGAGGACCAGCUCCGUGCAAAAGAGGAGGAGCUGGCGGCGCUGAGAAGGAAGCUGGAAAAAUCCAAGCAGGCAUGCAGUGAGCUCAGGCAGACUGCAGAGAGGCAGGAGAGCAAGAUCAUCGACCUGACAACAGAGCUGUCAGACGAGUGGUACAAGGGCGAUGUCAUCUGCCAGGCCCUGGAUGGGGAGCGAGCAGAGCGGCUCCGGGGUGCCCGUGAGCUGCAGGAGCUGCAGAGCAAACAUAACCAAGUGCAGAAGAAACUGGAGUCAGUGGAAAAGCAGCUGGAAGAGGCCCAACAGCUGGUCCAGCUGCGGGAAAUGAAGAUAAGUGGCUCUGGAGGAGAGGACGAGUGGCAGGUGCGGUUCGACUGCGCACAGACGGAGAUCGUGUUCCUGCGGAAGCGGCUGGUGCAGCUGGAGGAGCGGCUGGAGUCGGAGCUGGGCACCAGGACGGGGCUCGAGCAAAAGCUCGGCGAGGCGCGGGCGGCGUGCGAGGCGGCCAAGCAGGUGUCCCAGCAGCUGCGGCGGCGGUGCCAGCGCCUGUCCUGCGAGCUGGAGGACGCGUUGGUGCUGGCCGAGAGCCAGCAGAGCCGCAGCCAUGAGCUGGAGAAGAGGCAGAAGAGGUUUGACCUGCAGUUAGCCCAGGCCUUGGGACAGUCUGCCUUUGAGAAGAGCCUCCGUGAAAAGUUGUCCCAGGAGAACACCAGCAUCCGCUGGGAGAUGGGUAAACUUCAGCAGAGCUUGGAGCAGAAGGAGGCAGAGGUGGCCAGCCUGGCACAGCGAGUGGCCGUGCUGGACAGCCGGGUGCAGGAGCUCAGCACCGCUGAUGCCACGGACACCAGUGCUGUGCCUGCACUCAAGAAGCAGCUCUGGGACCUGGAGGGCAGUGCUGCUGAGCAGACGAAGGAGCUGGAGCGACAAAGGGCUGCUGUCGAUCACCUGGAGCAGCUUCACGAAAGGCUGGAACUGGAGAUCGAGCGGAUGAAACAGAUCCACCAGAAGCAGCUGGAGGACAAGGACGAGGAGCUGGAGGACGUGCGGCAGUCCUGCCAGAAGAGGCUCCGGCAGCUGGAGAUGCAGCUGGAACAGGAGUAUGAAGAGAAGCAGAUGGUGCUACACGAGAAGCAGGACCUGGAAGGGCUCAUUGCCACCUUGUGUGAGCAGAUCGGCCACCGUGACUUCGACGUGGAGAAGCGGCUGCGGCGGGACCUGCGCCGGACACGCGCCCUCCUCGCCGACGUGCGGCUGCUGCUGGCGGCCCCCACGGAGCCCGGAGCCAGCUCCCAGGAGCUGGAGCUCCUACGCAAGCAGCUGGAAGAGAGUGAAGCAAAGUGUGCAGAGGCCCAGAGGAACCAGCAAACAGCAGCCCUGGAGCUGGAGAACUUGCACAUGGAGAUGGAGACCCUUAGCAGAAGCAAGACCCUGGUGGAUGAGCAGCUGUUCCAGCUGCAGCGCGAGAGAGCUGAUCUCCUGAAACUUAUCGAUGAGGACAAGGAAGUCCUGAAUGAGCUCAUGGAAAAGCACAAGGCUCUGAUUGCCCAGUCAGCAACAGACAUCACUCAGAUCUGGGAGCUGCAGACACAGGUGGAGGAUGUGAAGAAAGAAAAGCAGAGCCUGCAGGAGAAGCUGCAGGCAGUGCAGGCGAGAGCGGCGCAGCUGGAGCAGUGCCCGGCCGAGCGCUCCAUCAUCAGCCGGCAGGAAGCCCGGAUCCGCGACCUGGAGAGCCAGCUGGACUUCCAGACUGUGCAGAUGAAGCGCUUUGAGGUGCUGGUGCUGCGCUUGCGAGACAGCAUCAUCAAGAUGGGAGAGGAGCUGGAGAACGCGGCCGAGUCGGAGGCACGGGAGAAGGAGAACAGCAGGUACUACCAGCGGAGGAUGGAGGAGAUGAAAGCUGACAUGGAUGAGCUGGUGCAGAGGGAGCUGGAGUCCAGCCGCCAGCGUGUGGAGCUGGAGCAGCAGCUGGCAGAGCUGGCAGAGGUGCGGCAGGUGCUGCAGGCUGAUCUGGGCACCUCCAUCCGGCGCAUCGCAGACCUGCAGGUGGCCCUGGAGGAGCUGCAGUCCAGCAACGAGAGCGAUGCUGAGAGUGUUCAGACAGCGCGGGAGUCGCUAUGGUCCAGGAGAGAGACGGAUGCCUGCUCUAGCGUUGGCUCCACACUCAGUCUGGAACCUGCAGAGAGCGUCAAGUCCUGGCCAAGUUCAUCCACAGGCUGGACAUCCCUGGCAGGUACCAGCAUGGCCGGGAGCAUUUCGGCACAGUCCAUCGGCAGCCGCAGCACCCAGAGCCUGAGGGUGAGCAGAGACGCCAAGGACCCAGUGCUGAGCCUUCCUGUGUCUUCCCGGAGCACUGCCAGGCCCAGCGAUGCUGUGGAUCCAGGGAGGAUGGCAAGUCCCCUGCUCGGGGCUAGAAGACGGGAAUAUGGAAAACCUGCAGCAGAUGACGAGGAGCAGGAAAGCCCGAAAAAGUCUGUGGAUAGGAUAGGAGAGACGUCCCCAUCGGUGCUGCAACGGGGGAGCUCCCCUGCCCCGGACAGAAGGUUCCCCAGCGCGGUCUCUCCGACGGCACCCAGGAGGAGGAGGCUCUCCGUGGCAUCGGGGCCGGUGCCCAGCUCGUCGGCAGCUCUCUCCGAGUAUGUGGAGGAGCUGCGGCGGCAACGGGGAGCGGAGCGGGAGCCGGGGCACCCGGCCCUGGAGGAAACCUCUCCCCUGCCCAUUUACCGCACCACCGGCGCCGCGGCCCUGCGUCGCUGCAGGGCUGUCCCAGCGGCGGAGGAUGCCUUGGGCAAGCUAGAUGGGAAUCAGGCAGGGGAAGGUGAAGGAGCAAGCGCCAGCCUCCCGCGCUCCUCCAGCCUGCGGAGCAUGGCCUCGGAGCCGGCCGAGCCCUCACGCUCCCCAGCUCUGAAAAGGGCAUCCAAGUUCGGCUCCUACGACUCCCUCCUGCAAUCCCUGGACAGCUCCGGCCGCCGGCCGAGCUCUCCAGCUGCCGGGAUGGAGGGGCCGGGCACGCUGCGGCCGAGCUCCUGGAGGAGCUGCCUGGAGCCGUCGCUGGAGGAUGUGCAGUUGGAAAGGGGCUCUGAGGGAGUUCUGAGCUCAUUGUCCAGUGACGGGCUGGGAGAGGGGAAGGGGAGCGACCCCUUCAGCUGGCGAAUACCCACCCUCAACUACGAGAGGAGAACCAAGGUCGACUUUGACGACUUCCUCCCGGCCAUUCGCAAAUCCCGCUCCACGAGCAGCCUGGCCAAGUCCAGGAGGGACAGAAGGGACGGCCACCGACCCCUCACCGUCCGCUUUGAGGAUGAGGCCAUAGGGGGAAGUUUGGAGUCCUCUGAGACCAAGGGCACAGCCAAACGCAACCCGGCCCCUCGGGAAGACCCUGGAGAUCCCUCUGACUCCUCCUCAUCCUCUGGUUCCCUCCUCUCCUCCCGGAGUGCCGACAGCAUCAAGCGUCGGCCACAGCCCCAGAGAGGGGAUGGGGAGGGGUCCAGUGGCAAAGACAUCACCCAGGGCAGUGGGACGAGCCACCGCGCUGAGGCUGAAGGAAAGGAAGACGAUGUCAGCAGCAUCAUGAAGAAGUACCUGGGUAAAGACUAAGGAAGCUGAUUUGCAUAAUGCAACGUCCCACUUUCUCCAGAAUUUGUUUUGAUAAAGUGCAGCAGCCGAACCCCAAAGCCGCAGCGACGAGGAGCCACGUCGGGCAGACAGCUUCCCUGCUCCUGGUAGGAUACACCUCAUGUGAGCAGCGACUGCAAAGGGCUCCCUGAAAGUCAUGGGAUGGUUUUACGAACUUUUUUGGUUUUGGACAUACUGUGGUUUCCUUAUGCUCCUGCCCCGUUUCCCAGCACCUCAGCUUUGCUCAGGGCCAGCCGUGGGGACAAGAGACUUUCCUGUUCUCCUGCAGUUGUUUGACUCAGGAGUUGGUGCUUUAAUUAAAACCCAGCGGCUGCCACAGAUGCUGAGGACGUGCCAUGGCCAGGGAAAGGCCACACUGAGAAGAACUGGAGUAACACCAAACCCCGUCUUUUUAACCCAGAGGUGCAGCUCAGGUGUCUCAUUCCACACAGCACUACUCAAAAAUCAUCCCAAUGGCCAAGGGUCAUACUGUUCUGUCUUGGUGUGACACCAGUAAAAGGGGAGCUCUGAAGCUUUUAUAAUUCCUUUGGUAUUUGAAGAUGGAUCCAUAUGAGCUUCCAUGGUUCCUGUCCGUUUGUGGCAUCCGGGCACAUCCCAGUGACACGAGGCAGCACUGCAGCGGGUGGGGCAGUGUGAGGCUCUAUUUGAUGUCUGCUUGGUUUUUACACAAUAAAAUAUGUGCUUCUUUGACA